CUCAAGACCAAGUCUGUCUGGGGUAGGGUAGAUCAUAUGGAUUUCAUAAUCUUCACAACCAUUUCUUUCAUUCUUCUUGUGUUGUAUAAAUAUCUCAUUUACCCCGCACUGCUCUCGCCCCUCAAAAACCUUCCUUCUGCGCAUCCGACAACACACUUUUCAAAUCUGUGGAUAAGAUACCAACGCUUCAUAAACAACUCAAAUCAUGCAAUACAAUCAGCUCACGAAAGAUUCGGACCCAUCGUUCGACUUGGAGCGACGGAAGUCAGCGUGAACAAUGUCGACGCUCUACGGAUAGUUUAUGGAGGAAACUGGGAUCGAGAUGACUGGUAUAGGAGUUUUAGUAAUUAUGGACACCUGAAUAUGUUCUCGAUGAUAGGAAAGAAAGAACAUACCGAGCGAAAGAGGAUGUUUGGGAAUGUGUACAGCAAAACCACGUUGUAUUCUUCAAAAGACUUUGGGAUAAUAGCUCAGACAUUGAGUUCUCGGUUGUCGGCUGUUUUGGAGGAUGCUGCAAAGAAGAGAGAGGGUGUUGAGGUGCAGGGGCUUCUUAGCUGUGUCACGAAUGAUUUCAUAAGUGCUUACAUCUUUGGACUUGAUAACAUCAAGGAUUUCUUGCGAGACAUGGAAGCUAGAACUAAGUGGUUGGAAGAUGGUCACGAACUGAAGCAAGGCGUCUGGAGCUCGACGAUUACGAGAAUAGGGGAGAUCUUAACUAAAAAUGGAAUUAUCCGUGGAACACGGAGAGAAGAGCAGGAUGAAUGUUUGCAGAUGCUCAACGGACUCGAGAAGUCGAAACACAACAAAAAGGACUCGAUAUCCAAGGAUGAAAACUCGGAAAGAACAAAGCCUAUCAUCUACAAUCAACUUCUGCACCAUCUCUUCCCACACCACCACAAAGACGCUUCCCUCUCCCUCUCACCACAGGACCGACUCCUCCUCGCCUCGGAAUUCAAAGAUCAUCUCAUAGCUGGUACCGAGACCACGACUUGGACCAUGACAUACAUCCUGCACUCCCUCUCCCUCAGACCCGACCUCCAACACCGACUGCGAGAAGAGCUCCUUCCACUAUCUUCUAUACACACAAAUGCCAUUUCCCAGUCCUUCCUCCGAACUCUCGACACCCUCCCACUCCUCAACGCCACAAUCCUCGAAACUCUCCGCCUCUACCCCUCCGUCCCGGGCUCCCAACUUCGCGUCUCCCCUCCCAACUCAACAAGCACACUCUGCGGCUACAAAAUCCCACCCAACACAAAAGUUUCCGCCCAAGCAUACUCUCUGCAUCGUACCGCCGCUGUCUUUCCCUCCCCAGAGGAAUGGAGACCUGAUCGCUGGCUGCAGGCCACGAAAGAGGAGAGGGAAGAGAUGAUGCGUUGGUUUUGGGGUUUUGGGAGUGGGGCGAGAGGGUGUAUUGGGAAGGAGUUUGCGAUGUUGGAGUUGAAGAUCUUGGUUGUGGUUAUUUAUGGGCGGUUUGAGACGAGAGUUGUGGAUUGCGGGGGGAUUAAGCAGGGGGAUGGGUAUAGUGUGGGCCCGAAGGGGAGGAGGAUUUUGUUGGAGUUUAAGAAAAUGUGA